GUCAAUUUGUAUCCUUCAGAUAAGCCAUUUGAUAUAUAUACUGGUGUGGCUACAAGAGUAAAUGAAUUGUUGGCAAAUGACGCAAAAAAAGAUGAUGAACUAGCAAUAAUAUCUUGUGGCAAAAUUACUCGUAAAGUCGUCAAACAAACUGUGAUGACUAGUGUUUAUGGCGUGACUUUCGUUGGGGCCAGGUUACAAAUAGAAUCCCGUCUUAAAGAGAUUGAAGACAUUCCUCAGGAAAAAGUUAGAGAUUUAUCGUUAUACAUUACUAAACUCGUAUUUAAAUGUCUUGGAGAAAUGUUUCAUGGAGCUAGAGCUAUUCAAGACUGGCUUGUUGAAUGUGCUAAGCGGAUUUCAAAAAGUGUACCAUCAGAAGUUGUAUUUUCGGAUCAAAGUUUAUCUGAACAUAGAAUUGAAGGUAAAAAUUUUAUGGAUAAUGAUCUAGAAAAUUUACAAGAUUCCUCUGGGAAUGGGAACGAAGAAAAUAAUAUGAAUAAUAAUAUAAAUGAAAUAAAUGACGACGAGGAGAAUAAACAUAACAAUUUGACUAAUAAAAAAAGAUCUAUUGUCAUAAUACCACCUAGUAAACCCGGUCUAAAUCAAAUGACAACUGUAGUUUGGACCACACCAUUAGACUUGCCUAUUGUACAGCCUUAUCGUAAAUUAGGCAAGAAAGCCGUCAAAACAAAUCUUCAAACUAUUAACAUUGAAGAUCCAGGUGUUCCUAGUCCGGUGAAUUCUAUUAAGCAACGGGCGGCAUUUCCUCCUAAUUUUAUUCAUUCACUUGAUGCGACCCAUAUGUUAAUGACUGCACUGGGUUGUAAGGAAAAGAAUUUGGAGUUUGCUUCUGUGCAUGAUAGUUUCUGGACACACGCUUGUGAUGUGGAGGUUAUGAAUGAAACAAUACGUGACCAAUUCGUCAAACUUCAUGAACAACCUAUCAUGGAGAAUCUUCGAAAUGAAUUUAUCAAGCGUUAUAAAGGAUAUAAAUUGACCU